AUGGUCUCCAACUCCGUGAAGCUGACAGCCGACCAGCUCGUGAUGCAGAGGAGCGAGCAGCUCCGGGAGCUGUACGAGGCCCUCUUGUCCGGCGAGUGUGACCGCCGCGCGGCGCGGCCGGUCGGCUCGCUGUCGCCGGAGGACCUUGGGGACACCGAGUUGUACUACCUGGUCUGCAUGACCUACGCCUUCCGGCCAGGCCAAGGGUUGCCCGGCAGGAGUUUCGCGAGCAACGAGCAUGUCUGGCUGUGCAACGCGCACCUCGCCAGCAGCAAAGUCUUCCUCCGCGCGAUCCUGGCCAAGAGCGCGUUCAUUCAGUCAAUCGUCUGCAUCCCGGUUAUGGGUGGCGUGCUUGAGCUGGGUACAACUGAUACGGUGCCGGAGGACCCGGACUUGGUCAGCCGAGCAACCGCAGCUUUCUUGGAGCCGCAAUGUCCGACAUACUUGGAAGAGCCGAGCUCCAACCCGUCAGCAAACGAAGCCGGCGAGGCCGCAGACAUUGUUGUGUUCGAGGACCUCGGUCACAAUGCCAUGGAGACGAUGACUGCCGCCGGGGGACACGGACAGGAGCUAGGAGAAGCCGAGAGCCUGUUCAAUGCAAGCCUGGAGCACAUCACGAAGGAGAUCGACGACUUCUACAGCCUCUGGGAGGAAAUGGACGUCGUCCCCGAAGCCACCGCCGUCCCGGGGGCUACUACUAACAACGCUGCCGACACCUCAUCAAGCGCACCAGUUGACGGCUCUCGCGCGACCAGUUUCAUGGCUUGGACGAGAUCACAGUCGUGCUCCGAUGAAGUGGCGGUGCCGGUCAUCCAAGAGCCGCAGAAAUUGCUGAAGAAAGUGGUGGCCGGCGGCGGAGCUUGGGCGAACUGUGGUGGCGGGGGCACGACGGGAACAGCACAGGAAAUAAGUGGCAUCAAGAAUCAUGUCAUGUCACAGCGAAAGAGCCGAGAGAAGCUCAACGAGAUGUUCCUCGUUCUCAAGUCAUUGGUUCCGUCCAUUCACAAGGUGGACAAAGCGUCGAUCCUCGCCAAAACGAUAGCCUACCUCAAGGAGCUUCAGCGAAGGGUAGAAGAGCUGGAAUCCAGUAGGGAACUUCUGUCGCGCCCAUCCGAAACAACAGAAAGGCCUACAACUACAAGGCCCCGUGGCAUUGGCAAUGAGAGUGUCAGGAAGAAAGUCUCUGCUGGCUCCAAGAGGAAGAGCCCAGAGUUCGGCGGUGACGUGGAGAAGGAGCACCCCUGGGUCCUCCCCAAGGACGGCACCAGCAACGUCACCGUCACCGUCUCGGACAGGGACGUGCUCCUGGAGGUGCAAUGCUGGUGGGAGGAGCUCCUGAUGACACGGGUGUUCAACGCCAUCAAGAGCCUCCAUUUGGACGUUCACUCGGUUCAGGCUUCGGCACCAGAUGGCUUUAUGGGCCUCAAGAUACGAGCUCAGUUUGCUGGCUCCGGUGCCGUCGUGCCCUGGAUGAUCAGCGAGGCUCUUCUUAAAGCUAUAGGGAAGCGAUAA